AUGGGAAACUCUACCCUUAUGAGAUGGCCAGUAACGGCGAUACUGGUAUUAGGUGUCGUGGUGACUGUCCUUUACAAAGCGAUGGCGGUAUAUAUUCCUCGUCCAGGCCCAGUCCAAGUGUCUUCUACCUCUACCCCAUCAGCCUUCAAGAUCAAACAUAUAUUUCACAACGCUGCAGAUGGCAGGACCCACAAAAGACUGGAUAUUAAUGACGAGUUUUUGAGCACUUACAAUUCUGCCCAGCCCCAGGUGGCACACAUCGAGGAUAUGGAUUUAUUUGAUGUCUCUCCUUUUGAACAAGAGCUUGUGAUCAGACAUACGAAGGGACAAACAAUCAGAUUAGCGGAUCGGUCGCCCGACUUUGUGGAGUCGUAUCUCGACUUUGCACUGGAGAACGGCCCUGCUUCGCGGAUGAUUGAGUUUGAUUGGCAGCAAGAAUCUCUCUUGAUUCCAAAUAUGAGCGAUAAGGAAACGAUCAUCAGUUUGGCCCUGAUGUCCUCGGACGCCUAUGUUGGCCUUCCUACUGACGCCGACUGGAAUGACGUGGGUGAAAAGUACAACGAGUCGGAGCGUUUUGGAUGGGAAAAUGGAGGUGUGAGAGGUCAUGUUUUCACCGAUCCAGAAGAAACAAUUGUGAUAAUAUCAAUCAAAGGCACAUCGGCUGCGGGUUUGAACACCGGAGGAGACGGCCAGACAGUUGAGCAGGAUAAGACAAACGACAACCUUCUUUUUUCUUGCUGUUGCGCGAGAGUGUCGUCUCUAUGGAAAACGGUAUGCGACUGCUACGAAGAGUCGUACACUUGUAACCAAAACUGUCUGGAACAGGAACUGAGGCGACCAGACAGGUACUACAAAGCAGUUCUAGACAUUUAUCGCAACGUGACACACAUGUAUCCGGAGUCGGAGAUAUGGGUGACGGGACAUUCAUUAGGAGGCUCGCUGAGUGCGCUUCUUGGCCGCACGUUUGGCCUUCCUGCUGUUUCUUUCGAAGCCGUGGGAGAAUUACUGGCCACUCGCAGAUUGCAUCUACCAAUGCCACCUGGGCUACCAGAGGAGAUGGAAAACAUUUGGCAUGUGGGGAAUACUGCAGACCCUAUAUUUAUGGGUGUUUGCAACGGUGCCUCGUCAACAUGCUCUUUGGCCGGUUACGCAUUGGAAACACAGUGCCAUUCGGGAAAGAAGUGCGUAUACGACGUGGUAAACGACCUGGGAUGGCACGUGAACCUGCUGAACCACAGGAUACGAACCAUCAUUAGCGACGUUCUGAUGGUCUACAACGACACUGCCGAGUGCGUCAAGUCCCCACCGUGUUACGACUGCUACAACUGGAGAUUCGUGGACCAUUCUGGCGACCGAUACAGAACCACAGCUUCCUCUCCAUUGCCAACGCCCUCCGAUCCUCCUGGACGAAGAUGUCUGAAGCGCACGUGGUAUGGCCGCUGCUACGAAUGGGCGGACGAUCCCAGCUCGGUCAAGACAACCUUCUCGACAAGCACGAUAUACAGCAAGACGAGCGACAUUCGCACUAGCACCGACACGCACACAGGAGGGAACUCCACAUGUAUCAGAAGAUCCUGGCUUGGAUACUGUCUUGAGUAUGGUCCAGGAUUACAUUAG